AUGUCGAUGUUCAAAAUCCUAGCUUUACUCUUCGCUUUAAGCUUUGAGAUGCAUGUAGCCAUGGCUGCAGAUUGGAAUUCAUCCUUUUCGUUUGAUGAGUUUGUAAAAUCUCCGAGUUUUCACAAGAAUGUUGCUCUGUUCGGAGAUUCGAAGCUUGUCAGUGACAGUUCUUCGAUUCAGCUGACUGAGUCAGUGAGUGGAAGCAAAGGACGAGUCUUUUACAAGAGACCCAUCAAGCUUUUCAAAGGUAAACAGAGGAAUUCGGUAUCUUUCUCGACUUACUUCUCGUUUUCCAUGCCCAAUGAGAUUAGUGAUGUCUUGGGUUUUGUAAUGGUUCCAAGUAGUUUGGAUCUUAGUUUGUUUGGUAAGAAAGAUAAGAGUUCCUCUGCACUAGGGUUUCUAUUAGAACAUGCGAAGAACGAGACAGUUGUUGCUUUUGAGUUUGGUAUAUCCAAGAGAGGAAACUUUGCAAGGAUCUUAAUUGGUAGGCCUGAAUCUGCUAAAAUUAGAAACCUUUCGUUUGUGGGUGAUUUGAUGAUGAACAAUGGAGGGAGGUUGAGCUGUAUGAUUGAGUAUGAGGCAAGUUCUAAAAGGAUGACGGUUCGAUUCAGAAAAUCUGGUUCGGUGAAACUGUUCGAUCCAUUCUUCUCUUUCUCGGUAGACUUGGCUAAGCUAUGGAAAGGUGGUGAAGUCAUGGUGGGUUUAAGCUCUGCAAAUGGGAACUCGUCCAAUGCACAUUUUCUCCAUUUAUGGAACUUUGAAAUCAGGCAUCCUCCUCCGAUGCGGAUGCAUUCAGAGCCACUUGUACCGACUGAAGUUUCCGUGGAAGAGAAAGAGGGCCGAGGAGGAAGCGAGGAUAGAUGGAGAAUGGUUGGUGCAUUGUUGUUGGGUGUAGUAUGUGGAACCAUGGGGACAAUGUUGGCUUUGUAUCUCUGGACAAUAUGCAGUGUUAGGCGGUCAAUGGUGGUAGUUCCAGAGGAAUGUGCUAUGAAAACAGCUAUUGAAGAAGGGAAGAAGUAUUAG